UAGCAAUAUCUUAAUUUAAAAAAAAAAACUUACUUACUUUAGUACUUGAAGUGAUAAAAUAGGACGUCAAUUUUACCUUUUCCUUAAAACAUGUGUUUUAAUUGUAGCCACGACAAAUCUCACAAUGACGGUGAAAAGCACGCCUUCUGCAAUGAGCACCGUCGCCAUGACAACCGUCGCUAUGACAACUGACAGAACCGGUACCACUACCACGGGUUUCAUUACAAAGCCAGAGACGUCCAACACUACAGUCAUCAUUGUGGCCAUUGUGUGCGGCAGCCUCGUCCUGGUGUUGCUCGGGAUCGCUCUUAUCGUGCUGGCCUGUCGGACAGGGAGACGGCGUGGCCUGCCGGUGCAGAGUCCGCAGGACGUGGAGUCCGCGAGUACCCCAAGCACGGACAGCGGACACGUCUCGCGCCCGGCCACUCCGGGCACGGACCCCGGAGGCGCAGAGCUGAUCCCCCGGUCGGACCUGCCGGGUGGGAAGGCCCGCAGAGACGUGCCAGCCCCGCCGCCUAUAGACUCGUCCCGCGAUGAGACGGAGUGGAUCCCGUUUGCUCAGCUGGAAGCGGCCAGAGAAAACGAAGACGCCCUCGCACCGCCGCCAAGCGACUCACCGGACGAGGAGGCCGACAUCUACUCCGUCAUUCCCGGCCGCCAAGAGCCUGAAGAUCAAGACGACGAACUCUAUAUCACGCCACCUGCCGAACAAGACGAUGACGACAACCUCUACGACAUACCACCCAUUGACAAUGACGAUGACGACAGCCUCUAUGUCACGCCACCUUACGAUCAAGACGAGAACGACAACCUCUACGACAUACCACCAAUUGAUAAUGACAGUGACGAUAGUCUCUAUGUCACACCGCCUAGUGAUGUUGACGAAGGCUAUUACAGCACCAUAGGCGAGAGUAAACUGACAAAGUCUAAGCCGCAAGACGACCAGGCGCCACCAGAAGACACAAUUGAUCAGAUGUACGCCAAAGUGGACAAGUCUAGAAAGACGAGACAGACACACCAUGGGGAGUUAGAGGGAAAAGAAAGGCGUCCCGAAGACACCAGCCACCACUACUUCACCCUAGAAGAAGCCACAGAGUUGAAGAAGGAAACAACAGUGGCGGACAAGGAGAAAAGGAGACCUGUGACAUGGCCUAUGGAAAGCUCCCAGGGAAGAGCCCGGAAUCAGGGGGAAUAAGGGCAAGAAAUAAACAAGACGCUCAUCCUCCAGAAAGACUGAGAGACACGACUUCUAUCUUGGUCCUCUCUUGCGCGCUAUAAUGUCGACGCUCAGUUCAUACGUAUUGAAUUUUCUAGUAGACAACAUAAGUUUUUUAGA